CACACUGUUUUAAAGACUUGAAAUCCGUCGAUUCUAAAACUGGAGAGAUGAAUUUUUGUGUGCUUUUGGCAGUUCUAGGAUUGUUCACCAUUUUAGUGCAGUGCCAUGUAACGAGAUCUGACAAGAGCGAUAGAACUUAUAUGCUGGGAAGAGACCGCAAGCGCGCACCACUAUGUCAAUGUGGAUCCAAGGUAUUAGUCUGCUACUACGGCUGCAAGGGUGGGGGCUGCUGUAGAGACGCUGACUGUUUUCCCGGUGAUGCUCAUCUUCUACUGGACAACGGCAACCUCAUGGAAAUGAGGGAUCUUAGAUCAGGACAUCGAAUUCUAACAGUGGAAGGUGGUGAGCGUGUGCUUUCUGAAGUAAAAACUUUCUUACACCGAGAACCCUACAAGAACACGACUUAUCUGACGUUGACCACGGAGCAGGGAAACCAGCUGACGAUCACAGGAAACCACCUUCUCUUCGCUUCAACAAACAACCAAUCAACUGGCAUGGAAGCUAGAUCUGCGAGUUCUGUGAAAAUAGGAAAUUACAUUUUUACCACAAAAUCGUGUCCACGUGGUCACUGCCCAGAACGAGUUGUCCAAAUCUCUUUCGCAACAAAACAAGGUCUGUACGUUCCAGUGACGGACGCAGGGACUCUAGUGGUGGACGGAAUGUUUGUGUCGUGUUAUUCUUUUAUACAACACGACCUAGCUCACCUCUCCACAGUCCUCUACCGUUCGUUUCCAUGGAUACUGGAACCAUGGCAGCAAGAUGGUUUUAGUCCAAUUCUGUCAAGUCUGCAAUCUUUGGGAUCAGUAAUUCUACCCACAAGUGUCCUUAGGCUAGGCUAAAUGUUUUGUUCAACACACAGCCGGAUCCAGGGACAAACAUAAUUAAAAAGUGUUUUUACAAA